AUGAAAGUUCUUGUAAUUUUAUUAAUUGUUGUUGCGCUGUCCAAACAGCAAAGUCAAUGUGAUAGUUCGGAUGAUAGUUCGGAUCGGAGUUCCGAUUCAAGAGAUUCGCAUGAACAUCAUCAUCAUCAUCAUCAUCGUGGAAAUCAUCAACAUCCAACCCGACCAAUAACUAAAGCCACAACCAAGAAAGCAGCUCCACCACCGCCUCCUCGCAAACCUCCAGCUCCGCCAAAAAGACCACCAGCACUCCCACCAAAGAGACCUCCCCCAAAAAGACCACCUCCAAAAUGUCCGACUGGUUGGCAAAUGUUUGAAAGAAUAUCCGGAAAGUGGUGUAUUCAAGUUUUUGAUGGGAUUUUCAAUAGAAACGAAGCACAAGCGAAAUGUCAAAGACUUGGAGCAACUUUGAGUGGAAUGGAAAAUGCACACGAGAAACAUUAUAUGCAUAGUAAGUAAGAUUUUUGAAACAGAAAAGUUUAUAAUUAAUAAAAAAAAUGUUCUUUCAGCCAAAGCAGUUCAAAUUCUCAAAAAACAAAAUCUACCGUAUGGUGCAAUGUGGCUUGGAAUAAUGAGAAAAAAAGACUGUCGUGGUGAAGCUAAUCGAAAUAAAGAAGCCUGUCAAAAAUCACGUGCAUUCUAUUGGAAUGAUGGAUCAACAUUCAAUACAAAUAUGAUGACUUGGAGUUGGUGGAAUCCGGAUAAUCGAGGGUAUGUUGUCAGGACAGAAAAUUUAUGUAUACCAAAUGAUAAUUUUCUUACAGUGGCGAUCAAAACUGUGUCUACAUGUAUAUUUCGGCCUCAGGGCAACCACAUCCAAAUGGAGCUCAUCCUGGCAAUUUGGAUGAUAUUCCAUGUGAUAUGUCGAGAACUGGAGCCAACCUUUUACAAUAUACUCGAGCAUAUGCUUGUGGAAUGAAACCUAAAUAA